AUGGCUUCCACUCUUGCAUUGCUCUUGUGCUCAAUUCUGAUGGCUUCAGUACUUCCACUAGGAUACACAUUGAGCUUGAAUUACUAUGAAAAAACAUGUCCUAACGUGGACACAAUUGUUACAAAUGCUGUCAAGAAUGCAAUGAUGAGAGACAAAACAGUCCCUGCAGCUCUACUUAGAAUGCAUUUCCAUGAUUGUUUCAUAAGGGGCUGUGAUGCUUCAGUGCUGUUAGAUUCAAAAGGUAGCAGCAAGGCAGAGAAAGAUGGUCCACCUAAUGUCUCGUUACACGCCUUUUUUGUCAUCGACAAUGCGAAGAAAGACGUGGAAGCUUCGUGCCCUGGUGCGGUGUCUUGUGCUGAUAUUUUGGCUUUGGCUGCAAGAGAUGCAGUUGCACUUUCUGGAGGACCAACAUGGGAUGUUCCUAAAGGUAGAAAGGACGGGAGGACGUCGCUGGCAAGCGAGACACGACAAUUGCCAGCUCCGACUUUUAAUAUCUCUCAGCUGCAACAAAGCUUUUCACAAAGAGGUCUGUCCAUGAGCGAUCUAGUGGCUCUGUCAGGCGGGCACACUCUAGGUUUUUCGCACUGUUCGUCCUUCCAAAACAGAAUCCACAAUUUUAACGCAACUCAUGACAUAGACCCGACAAUGCAUCCCUCAUUUGCUGCAAGCUUAAGGAGUGUUUGCCCAAAACAAAACAAGGCGAAGAAUGCCGGUGCCACCAUGGAUCCUUCCUCAACAACUUUUGAUAACACAUAUUAUAAGUUGAUCCUACAAGGGAGAAGCCUGUUCUCUUCAGACCAAGCUCUGCUCACAAGUACAGGGACUAAAAAUUUAGUUUCCAAGUUUGCUACCUCCAAAGAUGAUUUCUUAAAAGAAUUUGUAAAAUCUAUGAUCAAAAUGAGUAGCAUAACAGGUGGCCAGGAAAUUAGGAAGAACUGCAGGUUGGUGAAUUAAGGAUCUCUUAGUCAAGUUUUAACUGUGUGAGAUGAACAAUUGAUCAACACAGUUACUUUCAUUCGCUUGUUCGAUAAGAACAUACGAAGUCUAUAUAAGUGAUAGUGAUAAUGAACAAUUAUUUGUAUGAGAUUAUUUUUAAAAAUGAAGCAUAGUAUUUCCUUA